UUAAUAUUAAUUUCUAAUUUUAACUAAUAAUUUACCCCGAUUAGUUUCAUUUUCCUUAGUAAAAGUAACAAAAUGUAGAUAACUUUAUGUACUCCUUAGCAACCGUUAGGCCAUGCGAAAAUCAGAGUAAUGGAGUGAAGGUCAAAUAUUUGCAUUAUUUCAGCUUUAAAAGUACGGUGAAAAUUAAAGAAUGAGGUUUAUGGAGGAUCAAAGGUUGAAAGGUGCGGUUGACGAUCAAUUUCAAGCGUUCUUAGUGCAAGAAAGUAAAAAACAACAGUUUCAGAGAUUGGCACUUAAUUUAACUGAUAUUUGCUGGCAACUCUGUAUUGGAUCACCUGAUAGUUCAUUGUCUUCAAGUAGUCGAAAUUGCAUUGUAAAUUGUGUAGAGAGAUUUAUCGAUACAAGUAAUUUUAUCGCAUAUAGAUUGGAAAACAUAGUUUUUCAAAAUCCUACAGAAUUGGAUGUGCAAUAAAUUACUUAAUA